CUGAAUGAAACAAAAUUACAUUGUUUAAUAAGGUUGUACAAAAUACGAGAUGCAAGAUUUGUAUAAUAUAAUUUUAAUUAGUAAAUUUCUGAUUUGGAUUAAUAAUAAUAAUUUAAAAAGAAAAACAAAUGUUUGCUCGUAGAGUUGAAUUAUACAUUUUUUAUCACAGUGACGCAACAAAAUCAGCAGACUCCUUUGCGGAGUUUGAGGAAUUGUGGGUCAAAAUGGGGGAGGAGUUGGAAAAGACUGCCUUUCCACCUCCUAACAUUCCAUCCCCUCCCUCUCCAAGUUACCACUCCACAUUGCAACUCAUAGGAGCAACAACACCUGUAGUAAAUGAGUCUGAAAAUUCGUCUUUGAGCGUACCAUUUCAAAGACCCUUAACCCCCACCCCUGAAAGUGAAUUAAACUUUCAUGGCAGCUUCGCACCAGCAGUUGAAAGUCCAAAUGGUUAUUCCCCUGCCGACGACUCAAACUACCCACCAACACUGAAUUCUGGAUUGGUGAUUGAUGAGGAGCCUUUAUCAUUUCGCGAUGUAGAGGACUCCGUUUUGACCACUUUACGGCGAAGAAAUCCAGAGAAACAUCAACAAUUAGAAAAACGGAUGAGGGAGCCGUUAAAAUCUGUCCAGAACUGUGAAGAGCAGAUGAUAUUUGGAAAGAGUUACCAAGGAUGUUGCACAAAUAAAAAUUAUCAUGAAUUAUUUGGAGAAUCAGUUGCAGAAGUCGCACCAGAAAAGACUGUUGCGUUUGAACCAAUCUAUCAUCUUAAAAUUGGUGUUCAUUUUACACUGUCUCUAGGUAUACCUAUAGCUCUUGGAUCACCAACAGACUGCAGAUGGAAGGGUAAGGCAUGCAGCAAUAUAGCAGCAUUGUUGUUCGCACUGGAUGACUUUGUUGCUAAGGGACUUAAAGAUUUAUCAGAGAACAGGACUCCUACAGAAAAAUUGUGUCAAUGGAACACACAAGCAAAGAGAAAGACAGAGCCUAAAACUAUACACAACAUCAGGAUAGUCAAGUAUGGGCAUUAA